AUGAGCAUAUGGGGCACUCUCUCGAAUGCCUCUCCCUUCUACCUCACAGUGGGAGCAAGGUACGGCUGGAGUGGGGGGGGUGCGGAGGGUGGCGGUGUUUCUGAGAUGACUCAGAACACAGCCGGCAACAAUGGUCGCCCCAACCCCAUGAGCAUAUGGGGCACCCUCUCAAGUGCCUCUCCCUUCUACCUCACAGUGGGAGCAAGCACCAUCGGUCGAAAGUACACGGCUGAGUUCACCUUGGGCGAUGGAACCACCUUCACAGGAUACAGCCUCGGCGGCACCACUGCCACGGCGUCACCUCUGCCGCUCAUGCUCGCCGGGUCUGCUGCGUCCCCUCCCGAAGCCACGGGCGCGGCUUCCACCUGUGACCCGGAAUACGUGGAUGCAACGAAAGUCGCCGGCAAGUUUCUUGUCUGCAUUGUGACGGAGUGGGUGCACAGGGAGUGGAGCUAUGACGCGGUGCUCAUGUGGGCAGACACGCUGGGAGCGGCUGCCAUACUCGUUAUAAGCGAGGCAGCGGAGUACGACGCGGUUCCUAUCUUCUCCUACUCGAAGACUCCUAGCAUCGUGUUGAAGUUCUCGCACGGGCAGACCGUUAAAAAAUACAUUGAAGCUGAAAGCAGGCAAGAAGCUCUAACCUCGUUAACUCUUUCUCCUGUUUUAUCUCUUCGCGCAUGCUUAAAAUGCCUUUCUCAAAUAUCCUCUACUUUUCAAACACCCGCCUUUUUUAUUGGUCCUUCCCACAACCCCCACCCCAAACCCACCCGACCCACCUUCCCUUUCCCCCUCUUCUCCACUGCCCCUCCUCUCUUCUCUCCACUCUUCCCUCUUCUCUUCCAUCAUCGCAUCCCUAUCUUUAUCCCAUCCAUCCACUCCCCCAUACACAACCACUUCUCAUUCCCUUCCGCUUUCCCUCUUUUCCCUUCCAUCUCCCUUUCUCCUCCCCUUUCCCCCAUUCCUCGUCCCCUCCCCCCCUCCCCCCUUCCUCCUUCCUCCUUCCCCUUCCAAUUUCCCACUUCCCCGUUCCCCCCCCUCCCCUUCAUGUCAAAGCAGCCCCCACGGCAACACUCUCCACUUCCACGCCCCACAGCCACGCUGUCCGCUUUCACCGUCUCCCACUCCUCCAACGCCCCUCAGCUCGCUUACUUCUCCUCAACCGGUCCCCCACGUAGCCCGCUCUACCCUCCUGCGCUACUCAUGCGCGACUUCCCCACUAAUGACAUCCUUAAACCGGACGUCAUUGGGCCUGGUUACCAGCUAUGGGCCGCGGCUCCGGGUAAGUCGCUCGAGACUGCUGCGACCGAUCCGCCCGAGUUUAACUACUACUCCGGGACGUCAAUGUCGACGCCGCAUUUGGCGGGGAUCAUGGCGCUGAUCGUGCAGAACAAGCCGAGCUGGUCCCCCUCGCAGGUGAUUUCCGCGAUAACCACGACGGCAUAUACGAGGAAUGAAAACGGGCAGUUGAUUCAACGGGCAAAUGGAAAGAAGGCGAAUGCGUGGGACUAUGGAGGAGGCCACGUGGAUCCCACGCGUGUCUUGGACCCUGGGCUCACGUUUCAUGCGGCGCACAAGCACUUCGUGAAUUUCCUUAUGAUGAGGGACCCGAUAAGAACGAAGAAGCGAUUCUGGCGCAUGGGAAAGGCGCAUCCGAUUUUCCCUUGGAACCUCAACCGCGCCUCGAUAGCAGUAACUCGACUGCACGGCGUUACACUAGUGUACAGGCGAGUGAAAAACGUCUACAACUUGCAAUCCACUUAUAAAGCGAAGGUGGACCCUCCACCUGGCUUUAACUGCGCCUCGUGGUAA